UGUACAUUCAGCUAGCAAAGAGGAAAUCGCAGGCAUCAGAAACGUAGCAGCAGCUGAGGGCUGGUAGUGGCAGGCAACUAGCCAAACGCAUGACGGCCCGACCCAUUAUAGAUCGGACGACAAUUGCCGCAACCCAGCCAAAUAGUCGGAGCAGAAAGGAACGACCUCCGAAAUGAACAAACGCACCGGUAUCAUUAUCGCCAUCAUCGUCACAUUGCUGUGCCUGGUGCUUGGCGGCAAUUUCUAUUUUAUGUACUACCUCAAUGUAGAGGAGGGCCAGUUGUCUAGUGUCCGUGCAUUGGAAAAUAUGAUAAGGCACAAGAUGAGGCAUCUGAAGCCUGCCUAUUUGAAUCGCAAUCCCCGAUUUUUCAUGUAUCGUAAUAAGUUACUUAAGAACUACAAACCAGCGCCAUAUGAGAAUGCUAGUGUACUAUGGGAUAUAGCCAAUUGGUGGCCGCAUGAGAACGAAAUUUAUCCACUGUAUGAUUCGUCCAUGGGUCAACUGCUACAAACACUGCGUCAGGAGCCCAUAACCCGGGUUAACAACUUGGCGCGCGGUACACAACUAAAGCUGCUCAUGCGGCUAUCACAACAGCAAAAGGUGAUCUUCAAGCCGCAAUGGUAUCCGCGCGAUAUUGUGCUGGAGGGUGCCGUCUAUAGUGGCAAGGAUCGGCACGUGGCCGAGGUGUAUGCCUUCUACUUGGGCGCAGUUCUCGAUCUACGCUGGACACCCAUUGUGGUGGGUCGCGUCGUCAAUCUGAAGGACGAAAUCUACGCUAAUGGUGAUCAGGAGCUGCAAAAUACGAUAGCCAUCAAUGUGGACGAGCAGGGAAAUGAAACGUAUUGCCUGUAUGGCAAGUGCCAUUAUUGCAACGAAGAGGAGACAGUUUGUGGAGAUGCAGACCACAACAUCGAAGGCGUUCUCAUUUACAUUGUGCCGGGCACAUUGGCCAAACGGCGUUCUCCGUGGCAGCGCACCUACAAAGAGGACAAGCGUGCCCAGUGGGAGGAUGACAUGAACUAUUGCAAAUCCCUCAAAAAUAAGAUGGAAACUAUACGCCUUUUAGAUCUAAUUGAUGUGGCAAUUUUUGACUAUCUGAUACAAAACGGCGAUCGUCAUCACUAUGAGACGCGUGAGGAGCGCGUGGUGCUAAUUGAUAAUGGCAAAUCCUUUGGUAAUCCCAACAAGGAUCAUCUGGACAUUUUAGCGCCGCUUUAUCAAUGCUGCCUUCUUCGGAAAUCCACUUGGGAUCGACUGCAGGUCUUCUCCGGUGGCGUGCUUACCGAAAUCGUUGAUCGUCUGGCAAAGCAAGAUGCUCUUUUUCCCCUUAUUACGGAUCGUCAUAAACGGGGAGUGGAGCGGCGAUUGCUUGUUGUCUUUGCCGUUGUUGAGCAUUGCAUGGACAAGGAGGGCGACAAGAUGUUUAAAACACUCUAAACUGCCACUCUUCAUACCCUUAGGUUGUUAAACAAAUUUUUAGGGAAUUAUGUAGGUCAAGUUAAUUAUCAUAGUUAUAUUUUAUACAUCAACUUGUUAGUUUAAAAAAUAUACAAGAAGAAAGUAA